AUCACGUAAUAAGCUAAGCUGAAAGCAGAUGACAACCAGAAUUACCGGAGCAAUGACUCUUGCUGACAGAUAGAUAAACUGCCCAUUGUACGGAAAACAAUGCCCAGAAAACCAAGAGCACCAGCUGUAAGGACAAAACUAGAGUUGGUACAGGUGAAAAUUGGUGAUAAGAACAUUGGCAACAGGACCCUGUCCAAACUGAACCAGCUUAGAACUAGGGAAGACCUGUGUGAUGUCAAGAUAAAGGUACAGGUGGAUUCAGAAGUCUAUCAUGCACACAGAUGUAUUCUCACUGUGAACAGUGACUACUUCAGAGCAAUGUUUGGUGUUGAGAUGACAGAGAGUAGAACUAAUGAGGUGGUCCUGACAGGGACUGUUGAGAGUGAUGCAGUCAGGGAUGUGUUGAAUUAUUUAUACACUGGGAAUUUGUUAAUCAACGCCGAGAAUGUCCAGAGCCUGUUUCUGCUCUCUGACAUGUGGCAGAUGGCUGAAGUGAUCAACUUUUGUACAGAUUUUAUGGAGAAGCAGCUUGAUGUCACAAACUGUUUAGGUGUGUACUGCCUGGCAGAAAAGUUUCAGCAGAAGCAGCUGGCAGAGAAAGCAGCCAGGUUGGUCAAACAACAGUUCACACUGAUAUGUAGAGAAGAAGAGUUCCUGACGGUUCCACCAGAGAUAGUAGAAAGGAUUCUCAGCUGGGGGGAUAUUUACUUAGGUGCAGAGGCCAGUGAGGAUGAGGUGGUCAGGGUGGUCUGGAGGUGGACAGAACAUGACCAGGAGCACAGAAAGCAGUACUUGAAGUCUCUGCUGUCUCUGGUCAGGUUUUCUGGGGUGUCAAAGGAAACACUGGACUGGUUUAGGGGACUCGGUGUCAUACAAGAGGACAAGGAACUUCAGGAGCUGAUCUCCACCCGGCUGUCAUUCCCAUAUGAGGCCAGGCGUAGACCAGGCUACAUCUAUGUCAUAGGAGGAUACUUACAGUCUAGAACAGGCCCCACCUGUCCCAGACUGAAGACUGUGGAGCGUUACAGCACAGAGAUCAGAGAGUGGGACCCCGUGGCCCCCUUACCAGAAACCCCCUCACAUUUAUAUGCUUUGAACACCAGAGGGCGUAUAUACUGCAUAGCUGUCAUGAUAGACAUGGAGUCCACCAUGGCACAGGAGAAGGAGGCACGCGGGAAGUGUUAUCACUUUGAUAUCGUGAAGGAGGUGUGGGAGGACGCCACUCACUGUGUUGAGGAGAACGCCAUGCAGGUUUUGGUGAAAUGUUUUAAAGAUGGCGGUGCAAUCACCCACUGUCAAACUUCAGACUGUAUUUACUGUGUGACGGCAGAUAGCUGUGUGUGUAUUAAGAUAACGGACUUCCACGGAGAACCCGAGUUCAGGAUAUCUGGGCAAUGGCGGAGCGUGGAGGACUACCGCGAGUUCCACCACCAGGGGCACAGUGCUGUAGUCCUGGGAGGGAAGGUGUACAUGUUAGGAGGGGCAGAUAUGGAGACGAGGGCCAGUGUCCCUAAACCUGACCAGGUAUUCCCCAGUUCCGCCCUGUACAAGUGGGAACUGGACAAGGGUGAUAGGUGGGAGAAGAUGGCGUCCAUGAGAGAACCUAGAUCGGUCUGUGCUGUGACUGUCCUGAAUGGCUGUAUUUAUGCCAUAGGAGGCUUCAGUGCCCGUCGUCUGACAUCUGUUGAGAAGUACGACCCUGUCACGGAGUCGUGGACCACCGUGGCCAGUCUGAACAAACCACGAACACAUUGCUGUGCCGUCACUUUAGAUGGCAAGAUUUAUGUGAUGGGAGGGAAGUCUUAUUCCUUCAACCAGGGUGGAGCAAGGAAAGUCCUGUCCUCAGUGGAAGUGUAUGAUCCAGUGUGUGAUACCUGGAGUUAUAUUGAACAGAUGAACCAAGCAAGGUGUUGGUAUGGGGCUGUGGUCUUGUAAUAGAACUGGUGGAUUAUGUCAAGAAUACAUGUAGUAGUACAUUAGCUUAGGGACAUGUACUUAUACAUGGAGCAAAAUACAUGUUGCAUAAAUUAUAUUCAUUCAUUAAAUAAGACAGAAAGCUUUAGACAGAAAGCAGUAUUUUAUUAGAACGAAAUGAAAAACAAAUGUUUUUGAGAGAGAUGCCUUUUCAUCUGUUUUGUAGAUCAUGUCUACAUUGGCAAUAAAACUAAACACGGUACUAGUACUUCUGUAUAUGUCUUUAAUUGAUCAAGUUUAUAUGUUGUACUUAUACCACAAUGAUCACAUACAGUCAUCACAGUUUAUACUGUAGAUUUUUUUUGUUUGUCAUGUACUACUAUUUUAAUACUAUUUUAAUAGUGUUAAAACACUUAAAAGUAAGUGAAAUAUCACAAAUCCACAUCUCAGAGGUAGAAAUUAUGCAAUUCUUAUAAAGCAAAAGUCUUCAUCCACAAAAUAUGAAUAGCAAGUUAACAUACACAUUGAUUACUGUUAAAUAUGUACUAAUAGCUAUUGACUGCACACAUGUACUUAUUAAGUACUGCUCUGGCUAACAGAACAUCCACUUUAUAAUGUAUAAUAUAAAAACAAAAUAACAUACCACAGUAUAACAAACAAAAUACUAAAAUAGCAAAAAAUACAACAAAGGAGAGAUUUUGUCCAAUGAUUGCCACUUAAUUUACUUAAACAUACAGAACUGAAGUAUUGCCAUUGUCUAAAAAGAAUCUGGAGUUAAUAUUCUCUCCGUGUAUAAAAACUCAUUAGGAUUGCAACAGGUGCCCUGAACAUGUAGAUUCAUGCUGCAAAACAGCAGAUACUAAAAUUAUAAGAAAAAGAAAUUACCAUUAACCAAAUCAAAGAAAAUAGAACAUCAUAAUUGAGUAACAUG